AUGCUUUCUUUUAAAUAUGGCUUCUUACAGGUGCAGCUUGUUGGUUUGGAUGAAGAGAGCUCAGAGUUCAUUUGCAGGAACACCUUUGAUCACCCCUACCCUACCACAAAGCUUAUGUGGAUCCCAGACACCAAGGGAGUAUAUCCAGACCUGUUGGCAACCAGUGGUGACUAUCUGCGAGUGUGGAGGGUGGGUGAAACAGAGACCCGGCUGGAGUGUUUGCUGAACAAUAACAAGAACUCUGAUUUCUGUGCUCCACUAACAUCAUUUGACUGGAAUGAAGUGGAUCCUUACCUUCUAGGUACCUCUAGUAUUGACACAACCUGCACAAUUUGGGGUCUGGAGACAGGACAGGUUCUGGGAAGAGUAAAUCUGGUCUCUGGCCAUGUGAAGACCCAGCUUAUUGCACAUGACAAAGAGGUGUAUGACAUAGCAUUUAGCCGUGCAGGUGGUGGGAGAGAUAUGUUCGCUUCAGUCGGUGCAGAUGGCUCAGUGAGGAUGUUUGAUCUCCGUCACCUGGAACACAGCACCAUAAUUUAUGAGGACCCACAGCACCAUCCGUUGUUGCGUCUCUGCUGGAAUAAGCAGGAUCCUAACUAUCUUGCCACAAUGGCCAUGGAUGGCAUGGAGGUUGUGAUUCUGGAUGUCAGAGUUCCCUGCACUCCUGUUGCCAGGUUAAACAACCACAGAGCAUGUGUAAAUGGAAUUGCUUGGGCACCUCAUUCUUCCUGCCACAUUUGUACAGCAGCGGAUGACCAUCAGGCUCUCAUCUGGGAUAUCCAGCAAAUGCCUCGUGCCAUUGAGGACCCUAUCUUGGCAUAUACUGCAGAGGGAGAAAUCAACAAUGUACAGUGGGCAUCCACUCAGCCAGACUGGAUAGCUAUCUGCUACAACAACUGCCUGGAGAUUUUGAGAGUGUAACAUGACUGCUUCAUGCCACAUUGAGGCAGGGCUGUAUAAUUUCCCCUCCCCUCUAAAGUAAGAACAACACAAGUCAAGUGGCCAGUAUCUUGUUGUUGCUUUGCAUCUACUGUUACAAGAAACUGUUACAAGAAUUAAUGGCAGGUGUCUCCUGUCUCUCCAAGACUCUAAAAUGCAGAGACGUGCUGAGCCUCUUGGACCUUCUGGGUUCUGGUUUUCUUUUUUGUUUUCCCCCCCUCCCCCUCAGUUAAAAUUCUGUAUAUUUGUUUGUUGACUGUAUUAAUAAGCUUGCAGGCUUUUAAGUUGCUGCAUAUGUCCAUGUGUUUGUCAGUCAGCUGAGGCAGCACAUCCAAGUAGUUUAAUAGAUGCAAGUGCAAAACAAGGUGGGGGAAAAAAAGACACUGAUGUUAACAGCCACCUUGGCAGGAAUCUGUAUCAUUCCUGUUGUUGCUGUCUCUAAACUGUUUAAACAUUUGUAUGUUUUUAUAUAUUGGGCUAACUUUCUAUUGAGUGAGGUUUUUCUCCCUAAUUCUUACUUUUGAUAUGUGAUCCACUUCCAUAUGCCCAAAGCAGGAUCUGUUCAUUGAUACAAAUCGUGAUACCACUGCAGGUUCUCUGGCAGUAAAGGCCUGCCAGAAUUAACUGUUGCCUUGGCUCUCUAUACCUGGUUGCCUGGGCAGAAUUUUCUGGUGCUCUGAAGUACAAGUACUUGUUGCACAAUUUCUUUACACUUUUCUGUUGCUAGAGGCAGUUGUUACUAUGGUAGGCCUUAUUUUUAAAUUACA